AUGACAAUUGCAGAUAUGGAGGAAAAGGUGGCAUACACACUUAAACUUAUAGAAGAAGAUGGGGACUCCUUUGCCAAAAGAGCAGAAAUGUACUACAAGAAGAGGCCAGAGCUGAUAAACUUUGUUGAAGAAGCUUUCCGGGCAUAUCGGGCCUUAGCUGAACGGUAUGAUCAUAUUUCAACAGAACUACAGAAUGCCAAUACCACCAUUGCUGCUGUUUUCCCAGAACAAGUUCAGUUUGCAAUGGAUGACGACGAAGACGAUGCCAAGAGAGGAAACGUAAAGAAGCCUAAAGAGAUUCAAAAAAAAAAUAUCCCAAAUGUUCCCAAGACCCCAAUAAAAGAUUUAAAGACCAUCCUAACAACAGCCACUAAGAAAUUGCGAGCCGAUAAGUCCAAUAAAAGAGCUCCUACAGUUGCAGUUGUUAAAUCUGGUUUAAGCAAACCUGAGGGGCUUAAGGAGAUUGACAAGCUUCAGAAAAGGAUCCUGGGACUACAAACUGAGAAAGAGUUUGUCAAGAACUCGUACGAGAGUAGACUGGCAAAGUACUGGGAAAUCGAGAGCCAGAUCCAGGAAGUACAGGAAAGGGUAAGCAGAUUGCAAGAUGAAUUUGGAGAAGGCAUAGUCAUUGAAGAUGAGGAGGCUCGAUCUUUGAUGGCAGCUGCAGCUCUGAAAUCUUGCCAAGAGACAUUGGAUCAGUUGCAAGAGAAACAGGAGAGAGUAGCUAAGGAAGCAAAAGUAGAAGUAAAAAAGGUUAAGAAUGCUCGAGUGAAGUUUGAGUCUCUCAAGGAUGAGGAUCUUGGCAAUGAAAUCAAUCAGAGAAAGCCACCUGCAAAGGAUGAUUCCACGAAGCCACCUGCAAAUGAUGAUUCCACAACGGCAGUAGAAGAACCAGAAAGAUUAGACCAAGAGGCAGGCAGUGCUGCACAAGAUACAGAAGACAUGAAGUCAUCACAAGAGAAUAUAAAGGAACAGUUUGAGGUUGGCUCUGGUGCAUCUCUCACUGUGACAGAAAUGGCUGAGAAGAUUGAUGAGCUUGUGAACAAGGUGGUUGGCUUGGAAACUGCAUUUUCGUCACAGACAUCACUCAUACAGAGACUAACAAUAGAGACUGAUGAGCUUCAGACACAAAUCCAAACCUUGGAAAGUGAAAAGUUGACACUGAUCAAUAGCAAAAUACAUUUAAGCAAUAAGGUGAUGGAGACUGAUGAUGAGUUGCACAGGCUUCAAGAAGACCUUAACAACAAUCUCCCAGGAACCUUUACUGAAGCUCAUAAUCUGGAUUACCUUUCUGAUAAGCCCAAAGAUCUAAAGCCAGAGGAGCUUGAGUGUUCACCUCAAAAAGAGGAGAAAUCUACAUUUCAAGUCAAGUUGCAGGAAAUGCCUGGACAAGAAGAUGCAAUAAAUUCUAGUGAUAAGCAACAACAAAUUGUGAAGCUAUCCAAGAAGCUUGAGGUCAAAACUUUGUCAAAGCAAGACAAGACAUCACUAAAAGAGGAAGAAUCCACAGCUCAAGUCAGGCUGCAGAAGGACAUAGAAGGACAAGAAGGUGCAAUGAAUCCUAAUGAUGGUCUCAAGAGACCUCAGAGUCCGAAGUUGUCAGAGGAUCUCGACGUCAAAACUUCAAUGGAAAAAGAUAAUACAUCUCUUGUUAAGAGUCUGAAGCUAUCUGAGGAACUUGAUGUCAAAACUUCAACGGAAAAAGAUAAUACAUCUCUUGUUAAGAGUCCGCAGCUAUUUGACGAGCUUGAAGUCAAAACUUCAAUGGAAAAAGAUAAUGCAUCUUCUGUUAAGAGUCCGAAGCUAUCUGAGGAGCUUGAUGUCAAAAGUUCAACGGAAAAAGAUAAUACAUCUCCAGUUAAAGUCCACUUUCAGAAAGAGUUUGAAGGAUGUGAACAUGCAGCAAAUCUGGCUAUUGACAAGCAGAAUAAUGAGAAGCCAGAUGAGGAACUCAAGGUCUCAGAGUCAAUACAAAAAGAAGAGAAAUCUGUGGUUAAUCUUGGUUCACUGGAAGAAUUCAAAGAACAGGAAGAAAAACUGAAUCAUAGUGAUGCUCCUGAAAAGGAAAUGGAUGUAGAAGCUGAUGUUACAAAGGGUACAAAAGAACAUGGCCUUUUGACUAAGGGAGAAGUUCUCAGUCAACCCCAGGUAAAUCAUGAACCUGGUAACCUUUUAGGUCAGGACCAGAUUACGCAGGAAAAAUUUGACAACCAAGCUUCUCCACAAGGUCCACAAGGACAGCAUAAAUUUGUCGGUGUUGAUAGGCAGGGAAAGAUAAAUGAGGAAGAAGAUGAACCAGACUGGAAACAUAUGUUCUUGAAUGGUAUAGGGAAUAGAGAAAAAACUCUAUUGACAGAGUAUACUUCAGUUCUUCGGAAUUUUAAGGAACUCAAGAAGAAGCGUGAUGAAAAAGGCAUGAAAACUGGGGAAAACAGCUCUCACAUAACAGGGCAGCUUGAAGAACUGAGAAGUGCUAACGCCAAGAAGGAUGAACAGAUAAAAUCCUUGCUUCAGAAACUGAAAGCUUGCAGUGAUGAAAAUAAACAUUUACAAGAUCAGUCUGCUGAACCAAAAGGAAUUGUGAAUGAAAUCACAAGAACUGUAAUAGAGAAAGAAUUAGACAUCCUGUUGUUACCAGUAGAACAACCUCAAAUUACUUCUGAAAUUGAAGAAAAAUUCAGGGCGAGCAUCGAUGAGGUGCUAGAGGAGAACUUGGAUUUUUGGUUAAGAUUCAGCACUUCAUUCCAUGAGAUACAGAAAUUUGAAACUGAAGUCAAAGAUUUGCAGGCUGAGGUCUCAAAGCUCCAGGAGAAACAAAAGAAGAGCGAGGGAAGUAGCAGCAUCAAAUAUUCUAUCAAAUCAGACGGUCGUCCAUUAUACAAGCAUCUGAGAGAGAUACAGACUGAGCUAACAGUCUGGAUGGAGAAAUGCGCGUUACUGAAAGAGGAAUUGACAUCGAGGUUCUCAUCUUUAUGCAAAAUUCAGGAAGAAAUAACUGCAGCUUUGAAGACAAGCGCUGAAGAUGAUGAAUUCACCUUCACAAGCUAUCAAGCUGCAAAGUUCCAAGGUGAGGUUCUAAACAUGAAACAAGAGAAUAACAAGGUUGCAGAUGAGCUGCAAGCUGGUCUUGAUCAUGUCACAGGUCUCCAAAUUGAUAUUGAUGAGACUCUUACCUUGUUGAGUGAGGAAUUCGGGCUUUCUGAGUCAAAGAAUGCAUCUAAUAUGAGGCUGCCACACUCAGAUAGUAAGACUCGAGUUCCAUUGCGAUCAUUUAUCUUUGGUGUCAAACAAAAGAAGCAACGGCCAUCGCUGUUGAACUGCAUGCACCCUGCUCUGGUAAAAAAGUAUAAUGGUCUUAGAUCAGGAUCGAAGGAACAACACUUUCAGAAACAAAAACCAAAGUACCAGAACCAAAGAGAGAAAGAGAGAGUAGUGAUUGCUCGCUCAAUGGAAAAAGAUAAUGCAUCUUCUGUUAAGAGUCCGAAGCUAUCUGAGGAGCUUGAUGUCAAAAGUUCAACGGAAAAAGAUAAUACAUCUCCAGUUAAAGUCCACUUUCAGAAAGAGUUUGAAGGAUGUGAACAUGCAGCAAAUCUGGCUAUUGACAAGCAGAAUAAUGAGAAGCCAGAUGAGGAACUCAAGGUCUCAGAGUCAAUACAAAAAGAAGAGAAAUCUGUGGUUAAUCUUGGUUCACUGGAAGAAUUCAAAGAACAGGAAGAAAAACUGAAUCAUAGUGAUGCUCCUGAAAAGGAAAUGGAUGUAGAAGCUGAUGUUACAAAGGGUACAAAAGAACAUGGCCUUUUGACUAAGGGAGAAGUUCUCAGUCAACCCCAGGUAAAUCAUGAACCUGGUAACCUUUUAGGUCAGGACCAGAUUACGCAGGAAAAAUUUGACAACCAAGCUUCUCCACAAGGUCCACAAGGACAGCAUAAAUUUGUCGGUGUUGAUAGGCAGGGAAAGAUAAAUGAGGAAGAAGAUGAACCAGACUGGAAACAUAUGUUCUUGAAUGGUAUAGGGAAUAGAGAAAAAACUCUAUUGACAGAGUAUACUUCAGUUCUUCGGAAUUUUAAGGAACUCAAGAAGAAGCGUGAUGAAAAAGGCAUGAAAACUGGGGAAAACAGCUCUCACAUAACAGGGCAGCUUGAAGAACUGAGAAGUGCUAACGCCAAGAAGGAUGAACAGAUAAAAUCCUUGCUUCAGAAACUGAAAGCUUGCAGUGAUGAAAAUAAACAUUUACAAGAUCGGUCUGCUGAACCAAAAGGAAUUGUGAAUGAAAUCACAAGAACUGUAAUAGAGAAAGAAUUAGACAUCCUGUUGUUACCAGUAGAACAAUCUCAAAUUACUUCUGAAAUUGAAGAAAAAUUCAGGGCGAGCAUCGAUGAGGUGCUAGAGGAGAACUUGGAUUUUUGGUUAAGAUUCAGCACUUCAUUCCAUGAGAUACAAAAAUUUGAAACUGAAGUCAAAGAUUUGCAGGCUGAGGUCUCAAAGCUCCAGGAGAAACAAAAGAAGAGCGAGGGAAGUAGCAGCAUCAAAUAUUCUAUCAAAUCAGACGGUCGUCCAUUAUACAAGCAUCUGAGAGAGAUACAGACUGAGCUAACAGUCUGGAUGGAGAAAUGCGCGUUACUGAAAGAGGAAUUGACAUCGAGGUUCUCAUCUUUAUGCAAAAUUCAGGAAGAAAUAACUGCAGCUUUGAAGACAAGCGCUGAAGAUGAUGAAUUCACCUUCACAAGCUAUCAAGCUGCAAAGUUCCAAGGUGAGGUUCUAAACAUGAAACAAGAGAAUAACAAGGUUGCAGAUGAGCUGCAAGCUGGUCUUGAUCAUGUCACAGGUCUCCAAAUUGAUAUUGAUGAGACUCUUACCUUGUUGAGUGAGGAAUUCGGGCUUUCUGAGUCAAAGAAUGCAUCUAAUAUGAGGCUGCCACACUCAGAUAGUAAGACUCGAGUUCCAUUGCGAUCAUUUAUCUUUGGUGUCAAACAAAAGAAGCAACGGCCAUCGCUGUUGAACUGCAUGCACCCUGCUCUGGUAAAAAAGUAUAAUGGUCUUAGAUCAGGAUCGAGUAGAUAAGCUGGUAUUUACUUGGAAGAGUUAUUUUCUUAUUCUUUCAUUCAAUUUACUUACAAGGCAUUUCAACAGAAGCCAAAGCUUGUCCCCUUCUUUUUGUUUUAAUUUAGGAGAAAGUAUUUUUUCUGCAUGGUGUAGAUGUUUGUAGUGUGAUAUUAUAAUUAAAUCAACAAAAAUAUUUUGG